AUGCAUUCCACAUCUGUCGUCGCGUGGCUUCUAGCCUUUAUUCUUGGAUUUGCCGCCAGUCAACCGUUAUUCGGGCUCGAGAAGCAGUUGCUCUAUUCGUUCCAGGACCCAGAUGAGUUCGAAAUCAUCAACAAACGUUCGCCGCUGCUCAGUCUCGUCGGAUCGAACGUCCGCUUCACAGAACCCUUCCGGAAUCGUGUUCUCAACAAAAAGAUCCGUUCAGUCGAUGCGAGACCGGAUUUCCGUCAAUUUCCACGUUUUUUGCAAUAA